AUGGCGCUUCCGCAGAACCCCGCCGGCAUGAUGGCUGGCAUGAACCCGACCGCCGGCCUGUCCGAGCAAGAGGUCCAAAUGACAAAAAUGAUACAAGCAACCAUGGAAUCCUGCGCCGGCAAAACCGUCAUGGCGGGCGUUAUGGGUGGCGGCCUAGGCGCCAUGUUCGGCCUGUUCAUGGCCUCGAUGCGCUACGAUACCCCCAUGGGCCAACCGCUCGCGACCGCGAACCCAUCGCCCGUGGCCGCGGGUGCAGCCGCUACACAGACGCCAAAGCCUGCAACGACACCGAUCGCCAACGCUGCCCGCGCCGCCGCCGCCAGCGCAUCGCCGCAGAACCUACCUUCCACUGCCGCCGCACACGCCGUCUCCGCAACCGCAACAGCGCCCGCGCCCGCUCCCGCUGCGUCCCUCCUCUCCCCCGCCGCCGCCCCCAUCGCCGACCUGCCCCUCAAACAACAGCUCAAGCACGGCCUGCGCGACAUGUACCGCUCGUCGCUCUCGUCGGGCAAGAACUUCGCCAAGGUGGGCGCCAUCUUCAGCGGCACCGAGUGUGCGAUCGAGGGGCUGCGGGCCAAGAACGACCUGUACAACGGCGUUGCGGGCGGGUGUAUCACAGGGGGCGUUUUGGCGCGGGCCGCGGGGCCGCAGGCGGUGGCGGUGGGGUGUGCGGGGUUUGCGGUCUUCAGUGCGGCGAUUGAUGCGUACAUGAGAAUGCCCGAGGACGAGCGCAGCAAGCCGAUUGCCUAG